AUGGACCAUUUAUAUUCUAGGAUAGGUGAAAUGUCAACAAAAAUGCCAAGCAUUAAACUGAAAAUUGAUCCUCAGGAUCUGCAGAUCCAGACGUUUACAGUGGAGAAAUUAUUGGAACCAUUGAUAAUUCAGGUUACAACACUAGUGAACUGUCCACAGAAUCCUUCUAGUAAGAAAAAGGGCCGUUCCAAAAGAGCUCGUGUCUUGAUAGCUUCUGUGGAAGAAGCCACUUGGAAUCUGUUGGAUAAGGGAGAAAAAAUUGCCAAGGAAGCAAUUGUCUUUAAAGAGGAACUUCAUGCAGCACUCGCUGAUGUCCGGAAAGAGAGUCAAGCCUUAAAGGUAUCAGCAGAGGCAUUUACCAGUGAUCCCUGCUAUCUGCCUAAGAGGCAGGCUGUUGUCCAAGCAGCACGAUCUCUGCUUGCAGCUGUCACAAGGCUUCUAAUUCUGGCGGACAUGGUUGAUGUGGCAUACUUACUGGAACAUUUAACUGUGUUCCAAAGAACAUUUGAAUCUUUAAGAAAUGUGUCCAGUAAAUCUGACCUACAGAAAACCUACCAGAAGUUUCGAAAAGAUCUGGAAAAUCUUGAUUAUUUGGCAUACAAACGUCAGCAGGAUUUGAAAUCUAGCAAUCAGCGAGAUGAAAUUGCUGCAGCACGUGCAUCCCUGAAGGAAAAUUCCUCUCUCCUACAUUCAAUAUGUUCAGCUUGUUUGGAACAUUCAGAUGUUGCAUCCCUUACAGCCAGCAAGGAUUCAAUUUGCAAUGAAAUACAGAACGCUCUCAAUGUAAUUUCUAAUGCUUCCCAAGGAGUUGGAAAUAAAAUGGCACAACCUACAUCUCACACAGCUACUCUUGGAAGUGCACUUGAUGAGCUUGAGAAUUUAAUUAUCCUGGAUCCUCUUGUAGUGAAUGAAGAGAAAAUAAGGCCAUCACUAGAGAAACGUCUGGAAGCUAUUAUCAGUGGAGCGGCUUUGCUAGCUGAUUCUUCCUGCACGCGCGAUUUUCAUCGAGAACGCAUCAUUGCUGAAUGCAAUGCUAUCCGCCAAGCUCUCCAAGAUCUGCUUUCUGAAUACAUAAACAAUACUGACAAGAAAGAGAGAAGUAAUGCCUUGAAUGUUGCAAUAGAUAGCAUGUGCAAGAAGACCAGAGACCUCCGCAGACAGCUCCGUAAAGCCAUUAUAGAUCACAUCUCAGACUCCUUCUUAGAUACCACUGUUCCACUUUUAGUUCUCAUUGAAGCUGCUAAAAAUGGAAGAGAUAAAGAAAUAAAGGAAUAUGCUGCUAUAUUUCGAGAACAUACCAGCAGGCUUGUGGAGGUUGCUAAUCUUGCUUGUUCGUUGUCAACAAAUGAAGAUGGAAUGAAAAUUGUCCAAAUGGCAGCUAAUCAUAUAGAGACUUUGUGCCCUCAGGUUAUUAAUGCUGCUUUAGCUCUUGCUGCCAGACCAAAAAGUCAAGUUGUGAAAAACAACAUGGAGAUGUAUAGGAGUACCUGGGAGAAUCACAUCCAUGUUCUUACUGAAGCUGUGGACGAUAUAACAAGUAUUGAUGAUUUUCUUGCUGUAUCAGAAAGCCAUAUUCUUGAGGAUGUAAACAAGUGUAUCAUUGCACUGAGAGAGCAAAAUGUGGAUGAUUUAGAUCGUGCAGCAGGUGCAAUCCGAGGGCGUGCUUCAAGAGUAGCUCAUAUUGUUUCGGGUGAGAUGGACAACUAUGAGCCAGGGGCUUACACCGAAGGAGUGAUGAAAAAUGUUCAAUUUCUGACCAAGAAUGUGAUUCCAGAGUUUAUUAGUCAAGUAAAUACUGCAUUGGAGAGCUUAAGCAAGAACACAGUGCAUCUGUUUGAUGAUAACCAGUUUGUGGACAUUUCUAAGAAGGUCUAUGAUACAAUUCAUAACAUCAGGUGCUCAGUCAUGAUGAUUCGGACACCUGAGGAGCUAGAAGAUGUAUCUGACCUUGAAGAAGACCAUGAUGCACGUAGUCGUACAAGUAUUCAGACUGAAGGGAAAACUGACAGGGCCAAGAUGACUCAACUACCAGAGGCUGAAAAGGAAAAGAUAGCUGAGCAAGUGGCUGACUUCAAAAAAGUCAAGAGUAAGCUUGAUGCAGAGAUUGAAAUAUGGGAUGAUACCAGCAAUGACAUCAUUGUUUUGGCCAAGAGGAUGUGUGUGAUUAUGAUGGAGAUGACUGACUUCACAAGGGGUAGAGGACCACUGAAGAAUACAUCUGAUGUAAUUAACGCAGCAAAAAUGAUUUCGGAGUCAGGAUCGAGGAUGGAUGUCCUAGCACGGCUGAUUGCCGAUCAGUGUCCAGACCAAUCGUGCAAACAGGAUUUGUUGGCUUACCUAGAACAGAUCAAGCUGUACUCCCAUCAGCUCAAAAUCUGCAGUCAAGUUAAAGCAGAAAUCCAGAACCUAGGUGGCGAGCUCAUCAUGUCUGCUUUGGAUAGCGUCACUUCGCUAAUUCAGGCUGCCAAGAAUUUAAUGAAUGCUGUGGUGCAGACAGUGAAGAUGUCCUAUAUUGCAUCCACAAAGAUUAUCAAGAUCCAGAGUCCUACUGGCCCACGACAUCCUGUUGUGAUGUGGAGAAUGAAGGCUCCAGAGAAGAAGCCCCUAAUUAAAAGAGAGAAGCCAGAAGAAAUCUAUGCGGCUGUCAGAAAAGGUUCUGCAAAGAAGAGAAUCCAUCCUGUUCAAGUCAUGAGUGAAUUCAGAGGCAGAGUAGUCUAA